UAAAACAAAUCAACAUUGUAAACUUUAGUAAAUGAGGGUGUGAAAAAAACACUUUGAACACUUUUUCUUUUUAUGUACUCUCUCAAUAAUGGAAAUGUAUUCAUGUUUACCUGAAAAUGUAAACUGAUAUUAAUAAAUGCUGUAAAAAAUGUUCAUUUUUAGUUUAUUAUACCUCAUGAUUUGAACCUUAGUGAGAAUUUCUGCCAUGUGAAUGCUAAUUGCCGAUUAAUUGCUGAUGACAUGUAUGUAUCACUUUGAAUGAGGAUAAAUCUGUAAUUGUGUUUAGAAGAAUGAGAAAGUUCAGAGUGAGGCAGCUCAUCUGACUCCAGCUCCGGGUUUCUUUUGUUCUCUUUAGCAAUGAUUGCCUAUUAUUCUAGACUAGAGUGAUUAUUCCUUCCUGCUUGUGGUCCACAUUCUUUUCUGUUUUUUUGUUGCCCAAAGUGAUGAUAACGUUCACAAAACUGACCUUCGCUUUUCUCUGUGCAUGGCCUCCAAGGUGAUUAAUUGCUUAAAGGGAUAGUCCACCCAAAAAUGAAAAUUGUCAUCAUUUACUGCCCCUCACGUUGUUUCAAACCUCCACUUGUAUGACUUUGUUUCUUCUGUGAAACAUAAAAGAAAGUCCCAGUGUUGUUUUUGUUCAUACAAUGAAAAUCAAUAGCGUCCAGUGUUGUUUUCGACCCUUUCAUUGUAUGGACAAAAUCUUUUGAAAACAUGUUUGAAAAGUUAAUGAUGACACGAUUUUGAUUUUUGUGUAAACUAUCAAACUAUCAAACCAUGAAAUGUAGCAUUGAAGAACUUGGCUGGGAUGUUUAUGAAAUUCCACCCGUGCUCUUAGACUAAAAGAAAUGUACAUUAGUUGAUCUAUUAAUUACAUUACCUUUGUCUAUGUGUGAUAAUCAAAUUUAGCUAGGGUGUCUAGGAAAAGAGCCCUGCUACUUCCAACUUCCAACAGCAAAGAUCAGGUCAGUAGGGGUGGGACUGCGCAGAUUACUGCGACCCUGACUAUAUUUAGUGUCCGUCCCACACUGCCCCAGCCAAACAGCUGGCAUUUCCAUAUCAGCAGGGCGUUGAAUGGUCGCCUUGCACUGUUAGCAGGGCACCAAUGUGUCUGACUGCUUAGGUAAGACCCAGGUUUAUACCUGGGUUCAAGCAGUGGUGAUCAGCAGCAAGAUGGAGGCUGAAGAAAUGGUGAUCCGUCUACCGGGACGUUCCAGCGCGCCUGGUGGAAUCGGAGAGACAACGGUGCUCAGGCACAAAGAAGUUCACCACUUUUUUUUCCUACCUUUCAGGGAACAGCCCAUCUACAGCACCCGGGCACACGUCUUCCAGAUAGACCCCAGCACUAAGAAGAACUGGAUGCCCACCAGCAAACAUGCGGUCACUGUUUCUUACUUCUAUGACAGUACCAGGAACGUGUACAGGAUCAUCAGCUUGGAUGGAUCAAAGGCAAUAAUAAACAGCACUAUCACCCCGAACAUGACCUUCACAAAGACGUCUCAGAAGUUCGGGCAGUGGGCAGACAGCCGUGCCAACACAGUGUAUGGGCUGGGUUUCUCCUCUGAGCAUCAUCUGGCCAAGUUUGCAGAAAAAUUUUCAGAGUACAAGGAAGCAGCUAGGAUGGCCAAGGAGAAGUCUCUAGAAAAGAUGGAGCUGGCAAGUUCGCCCUCUCAGGAAUCGCCUGCCGACAUUCAUUCCCCCCUGACUCCACCCGUCACUGCGGACCUCUGUCGAAUCAACGGCACGGGUGAUGACGUCACUCUGUCUGACGUGUCACCGAAUUCUAUGCUCCAAUCAGACCUUUCCCCGACCACGCCGACCCUUGCACACAGCCCGACUACCAACAAACACUGGGAAGCAGAGCUUGCAACACUAAAAAGCAACAAUGCCAAGCUCACAGCUGCUCUACUGGAGUCCACAGCCAACGUCAAACAAUGGAAACAACAGCUAGCAGCUUAUCAGGAGGAGGCUGAAAGGCUACACAAACGGGUUUCUGAAUUGGAAAGUCAGAGUAGUCAAACCAAUGUGAUCAAAUCCCAGAAAACGGAGCUGAACCAAACAAUAGAGGAGCUGGAGUGUACACUGAAGGCAAAAGAAGAGGAAAUGGUGCGAUUGAAAGAAGAAAUAGAAAAUGCAAAGCAGCUUCAAACUCAGAAAGAUGAACUCACUAAAAAAUUAGAGGACACAGAUUUGCGGAACAAGGAGCUUGAGGAACAGUUGGUUGAUCUGGAGCAGCGUCUGGAGUCAAGUCAAGUAGAUCAAGAGAACCUCCGCAAGAACCUCAAAACUCUGCUGGAGAUUCUGGAUGGAAAGAUCUUCGAGCUGACAGAGCUGAGAGACAACCUAGCUAAGCUCAUAGAGGACAGCUAGACUCCUCAACCGCUAGCCUCAAAACUUGAUUUUAAUGCCACUUUCCUCCUUUUAUGAAAUACACAGCAUCCUAUUCAGGCCGAGAGAGUCUGGCGUACUUUCGAGCGACUGUCGGUCUCUCCUUCACUCACUUACAUGGAAUGAUUAACCAUUGGUUGCACUUGAUUUUGUAUUUUUGAGGUGGGUUCGUUCUCUUCAGUGCCACUGCUACCUACCAAGUUUUAUUGUCAACAAUACUCCUGUACUUUUAUUGAUGUUUCCUUGAAUUCCCAAUCCCAAAAUCCCAAAUUAGGCAGCCUGCAAAAAAAACAAAACAAAAAACAAACACAUGGCUGCAUAUAGGCUCCUACUCUUUAAAGGUGCUGGUUUCGUGUGCCUGGCUGUUUGGCGUUAAUGGACGUUUCUUAUGCUGCUGAGGACACUACAUGAAUUACACUGACUGGAUCUUCAGUCGUAUUUUAAGACUGGAUAUUCAGAGCCAUAUGUUGUAGCCAAAUGUUAUUGGCUUGCCUCUUCCCCUUCAUGGAAACUGCCUCAAUGUUAGGUCAGUCAAAGUUUCAGGAUACUCAACCGCUGACCUAAAAAGCUCUUGACAUUUAGCAGACUCUGAGACGUAGAUGUGGCAUAUGCUUUAGGCCUGUAAUAUACACUGAGCAAUAUUAGUGUGAGCGUUUGUAUGCCAGAUUAGUGCGAGCCACCUCAGUGCGUCCGUCAGGUACUCAAACAGUGGAAAAGACGAAUUUAUGUCCUGCUAUAGUUAAACUCCGGAUUUCUCCAAUGACCAGUGUAAUGCUUUGGGAUCGUACUGGCCUUAUAAUAACCCGUAUCUAUAAAUUUUUUCAGGAUUUUCUUGAAGACGAGGAUCUUCCUUUGUUUGUUGACUUACCAAAUGCAAUUAUGUACUCAAUUCCUUACAAUUUUCAAUAACGAUAUUAUUGUAAUAUUUAAGAAGUCCAUCCUGCUGAUGGGUAUUAUGAUACAUAGAUCACUGUCAGUAUGAUUGUAUUUAUAUGUGGGAAAGUUCUGUUUUAAAUUUCCCAAUGUUAAUAAAGACUAUUUAAAGAUA